CUGAUAAUCCAAAUUCGCAGUGUUGCUUGAGUUUGUUUGUUUUGACCACAAUUUUGUCCAUUGUACCUUGCAUCCAUUUGCUGACAAAUAAACCUGCGAGGGAAGACUAAUCCUAGUCUGCAAUAGUUCCAUGGCGGCGUGGAUAAGCAGGAAACUUAAAAUUAAAGAGGGGUCACAGCCAAAAUAUCCGGCAAAAGGGCUACUGUCGAAUCUUUCGCAGCUAUUCUGCCAAGAAUAAACUUUAAGGGCUAACUAUAUAAUAGCAUUGCAAAACCCUGUAUGUAUGCAGGGUCUUAAAAAACCAUGUAGUAACAAAGCAAAAAGGCGUAGGAACAUAGAAACUGUGAAAUAGAAAGCCGUUGUUGAACAUCCAGAAUGGACCGGGCGGACUUCAUGAGACUAAGGUUCUCCUCCUCUGUCAAGUGGAUAUUAACAACACCGAGCACACGUCCUCUUCCCAGUUGCGUAGGCUAUCUUUUGCACAGGGCAACGUUCUAGUUUCCACACACUUAUUGCUCAAGGCUAUCUUUUGCGCAGGGCAACGUUCUAGUUUCCACACACUUACUGCUCAAGUUUGGGAUAUAUUGAUAACCAAAGACGACUUGAAAAUAGUUGAGCAGCAGAGCAUUCUAUAUUAUCACCAUGCCUAGGAUGAAAAUGAUAUCCAGGGAUUUUAUGGACAUGGUUGCAGCAUUACCAGCUGCGAAGUUGGAUCGACUUUAUGAGGAUCAUAUCAUAUGUGAAGCAGUAUUAAGGUCAUUACCACCCGUGUCAAAGAAAUAUGUAUUUCUGCUGUUAUAUAUUGACACUGCUGUGCCUGCGAAAUCAUUAGAUGAAUGGGUUCUUUCAGAUGGCCUCUCUAAACAUAGAGCAGCACUUGACAGGUUAUUACAGCUGAGAGUAUUUGUUGAAGUUACUGAAAGUAGGAAAAAGGAUGGAAACUAUAGAUUGAACCCUGCGUUUCAGAGUCAACUCCGCCAAGUGAUUGUGAAUGGGGGAGCUCCUCCAAGGGAACCAAUGCCUCCAGAUGUUGCCGUUAGGAUUCCAAGUAUGGAAGAAUUAGAGACCUAUGCACUUAGACAAUGGGAGAAUUUUCUUUUGCAGCUGGUAAGUUCUGGCUUUGAAGAAAGCACUUCUGAGCCUUUUAGUCCUUCUAUGAUGAAAAUUUGCCAACGUUCUGGUCUUUUGACUUUAAGGGAAAAUGAAACACCAAGAUUGACAGAAAAUGGUUUCCAGUUCCUGCUGAUGGAAACAAGUUCUCAACUUUGGCAGAUAAUUAGAGAAUAUAUCUCAACAGCUGAGGAUAGAGGGUUUGAUGCUGCAGAUUUAAUUUCUUUUCUCCUUGGACUCAGUUUUCACAUUGUGGGGCAGGCUUACAAUGUAAACACACUCACAAAAAUGCAACAGAAGGCAGUGGAGGAGCUUGCUGCACUCGGCAUAGUACGAGUUCAGCAGGGUAUGAAAGAAAGGUGGUUUAUUCCUACAAAGCUUGCAACAAGUCUAGCAGCAAAUCUUUCAGAUUCAUCAUCACGGAAACAAGCUGAGGGGUUUGUGGUUGUGGAGACAAAUUUCAGGGUAUAUGCAUAUUCAACUUCAAGACUACAUUCAGAAAUUUUACGGUUAUUUUCAAGGCUUGAGUACCAACUUCCAAACCUAAUUGUUGGGGCAAUAACAAAAGAGAGUUUGUACAAAGCUUUUGGAAAUGGCAUUACUGGGGAACAGAUAAUUUCUUUUCUCCAGCAACAUGCACAUCCUCGUGUGGCACAGAGAAUACCUUCAGUGCCCGAGAAUGUAACAGAUCAGAUUCGUUUAUGGGAGAGUGACAGAAAUAGAGUUCAGUUAACUUCUGCAUAUAUGUAUGAUGAUUUCCCUUCAGAGGAUGUAUUUGAAUCUGCAUGUACAUAUGCAAGAGAUGUUGGAGGGUGGUUGUGGGAUGAUACCAAGCAUAGGCGGCUUGUUGUUCGUGCAGAGUCACAUCAAGAAAUGAGGGAGUUCAUUCGACGACAAAAUACAGGAUCCUCAAACAGAAAGUGAAACAGGAAUGGCAUUAUGAAUGUGAUGCAGUGGCUCUCCUGAUCUUUUUAUGUUGAUGUUGGAAGGUAUGGGGGUCAUAACUGUAUAGAUUAUAUCAUUUUGAUAACUGAAGUGUUGUCACGUAUGCUGCCAGAUUCAAAUUCAGCCUAUUUUUGACAGCUGUCACCUGUAAAAGCAUUCCCAGAGCUGGGAUGUAUAUCCCUUGUUAAUCACCUGUCUGAAAAACAGCAGGCUAGAUCUUUCUGGUGACCUUUAAUAGACAUGAAAGUUCUUGUACUUGCCUCUUGUCACCCUUAUGAAUGGAUUUCCAUCUGUAUUCUUAUUCUGAAUAGCUAUCAAAGGUUUGCUUGCCCACCAGAUGCUUGUGCACCUGGUAUGAUAAUUUAUUGGAAAUACCUUCAAGAAAGCAUUUCAAUACUAAAAGCAAUUUUGUUGAAUAAUACUUGCAGCUCCACCUUAAUAGCCAUCAAGUAUUCGUUUCUCCUCUAGAUGUGUGAGUACCUGUUGUGUCAAUUUGCUGGGGACCUUUCAGAUAACAUAAUAUCAAUGAUUUUAUGAAAGCCCCCCCUUCUCGAAUUUCA